UUACGAAAACAAGUCGAGUUUCUCUCCUCGUAGAAUAACCUUUAACUUGCAAUACCCGGGUUUUAAGCCGUCAACAGCAGAUACAUAACUCCCUGCGAGUUCAUCUCUGAUCUCAGUACGAAUCCAACCAUCCUGCGAAACACACAGUCUCAUUUUCCUCUCUGAAACAUUUCCAGUUUCAACUUGCCUCAACGAUACUUUAAAACUUGAAGGGUUUCCAAUUUCCAUUUCUUCACUUACAAGUCUCACUUUGUGACAACACCUUUUUAAUCCAUCAGCGAAAUUUUGGCACUUUAUGAAAAUCACGAUGUACAAGCACUGCGAAGACAAAGGAGCCAAAAGUCAUCAUCCCAUCGUAACUGGACCAGCAAUUGGGAAGGUCCGAGUGGCCGUUUUUGGACAACAUGAAGUCGGCAAAUCAGCAUUUACUGUACGAUUCCUGACCAAGAGAUAUAUCGGAGAGUACAAGUCCAACACAGAUCUGCUCUACCGUCAAACCCUCGCAAUCAGCCACGGAAGCUCCCUGGACAUCGAAAUCGUCGACAUUUCCACCUCCUUCAAGGAAGAACUUGGCUGCACGGAGCGUAAAAACAUCCCAAUCGAAGAGCUUAAUCGGGCCGAUGGGUUCAUGAUCGUCUACUCCAUCACGGACAGGAGCUCAUUCGACACGGCGAUCCAGGCUCUCAAGGACAUCAAUAAAAUUCACACUAUUUACAAAGCUCCCGAUAACACGGGCCACUCAUCUUCCUCCUCCUCCUUAUCUUCGGCCUGUUCCUCAUCCUCCGGUAAGCCCCCCGUUCACGUCACCCUCAUUGGCAACAAAUGCGACCUCGUCCACCUCCGAAAGGUUGAUCAGCUUGAAGGGCUCCAGGCCGCGGAAAAGUACGGGUGUCAAUUUUACGAGGUUUCUGUCGCUGAAAACACGCCCGAAGUUUACCAAAGUUUCCAUUCCAUCAUUACCGGUCUGAUUGCCACCAACGUUCCGCCACCAAAGAGAAAGUUUUCCGUGAGCAAGAUGAUCGCAAGUUUGCGACAUGGGCGAAGCCCGGCGUCAAACUCGAGCCCCGUCCCGAUCGCGCCGGCAUCCAUUGCGGAUACGAAUGUCGUCACGGAGCCGUCAGCUCCAAAUACGCCGCACGGCAGCAGAGAAAGCAGUCCGGCCGUGCAGAAGGGAAAGCAUGAGAGGAAAGGGUCGGGAGAGUCACUUUCCGCGAGUAUUUGCCAUCUGAAGAGUAAACUGGUGGUGUUUCAUUCCAUGAAAAAGAGGCAAAAUUCGCCACCGAUUUGCUCCCUAUGAAUUAAUUAGUUAUCGUCAUUUACAUAUUAAUGUAUUUGCAUAUUAAUGUAUUUACAUAUUUACUUAUGGAUCUCACUCGUCAUCAUCAUCAUAAUCGCACAUUACAUACUUUGUUCGUUUCUCAGUUGAAUAAAGGCUCGAUUUUUAAUACUAUUUAAAUAUCUAAAUGUUAAGGUAGUUAGUUUUGUAUGAAUUAAUUGUAUGCACACACAAAUAUUGUUAUACAUACAUGUAAUAGUAAUUAGCAUAUUUUUGACCAUGUUCUAGAAAUAAUUCAGGAUCUAUAAAUGUUAGACCUGAUUGAUCGUUGUUCAGUGAUAGACAUAUGUAGAAAUUUAAGACUUGAGUUGGAAAAUCCAAAAAAAAUGAAGUGAUUUCUUACCUGUAAUUCAAAUCCAACAAACAAAUUAUGUGUAAACUUACCUGUAAAAGAUACCUGAAUUACAUAUUUAAGAAGUGUUAAUUUAAGUAUAAAAUAGUGAAAUAUACGUCAUUAUAUAUGUGAUUAUUACUUGUAAAUAU